AUGGCGCAGCCACCCCUGCGGCUCCCAGCGCGCGGCCCUCGGGCCCCCCCGGCGCCCCGGCUCCUGCAGCCCCUUGUGCUCCCCGAAAUCUUCUACCCCUCAGGUGGGGACCCACCCCGACCCCUGCAGCCCACGGAUGCUCCGGGGAGGGGCGAGAGCGGAGAUGACCCCCCCGUCUCUCUGCCAGGCUCAGCCAACCCGUGCCCACUGCCCAGCCAGGAGCAGCCCUUCCCCACAGCCUGGGCACCCCUGGCGGGGGGAGCACCCCGGGCCCCCCUGGCCCCCCCAGCAGGGCUGCAGAGGGCUCCCUGUGGCUGCUGCUUCGACCCCCGAUUCUUCCACAUCCAGUGGACCAUCCUGCCUCCACCGGCCACCUCCACGCUCGGCCACGGCGCCGCUUCUCUGUCGGGUGCUGCCCUGGGGGCUGUGCAGACCCCCCAGCCUGGCCAGCCCCACGGACAGCCCCAACCCCUGGCACCCCACCUACAGCUGCAGAGAGCGCUGGCCCCAGUCGCCCCGCUGCAGCCGACGGCCGGCCCCGGCUACCAGCACCUCGAGGGGCCGACCCACAGCUCCAGCACCACCACCCCCGUGGAGGCAGCCCCUGUCAGCCAUGGCCCCCCGGGCACUGAUGGCACCCCCAGCUCCUCUGCUGACCCCCACAGCCAAGGCCUCAGGGACCCGGCCGACCACCUGGCCGUGACCAACGAGAUGCUUCUCGCCGAGGCCCUGAGGCUCUUUGGUCACCCCCUGGACACGCUGGGGGCACGGCCACCCCCGGGCAGCGACGUCCCCCCCAGCCCCAGUGCUGACCCCCCCAGCCAAGGCCUCGGGGAGCCGGCAGACCACCUGGCCGUGUCCCAGGAGGUGCCUCUCGAAGAGGCCCUGAGGCUCUUUGGUUGCUCCUGGGACGUGUUGGGGGUCAGCCCAGGCGGCCCCACAUCUGGGGACCUUGGGGACCCCGGCGCAGCCGUCCCCCUGCGCGACUUCGCCUCCCUCUCGCUGCCUGCGGAGCUGCUCAGCCCCGACUACGGCGUCCCCGAGACCGCCGACGCCAUCCUGCCCCUCGAAGAAUUCCUCCUGGGGAUGGAGCCCCAGGAGCCGUGGGGGAAGGCGGGGAUGGAGCCGCCCCCGUCCCAGCCCGCCGUGCCAGCCAAGCGGGGCUGCAAGCGGGGGCACAGCACCUGGUCAUUGCCCCCCAGCAAGCGCAGGGUGCUGGCGGGCAGCCCGGGGCCCGGCUCCACGAGCCGGGGCCAGCGCAGGCAGCGGGGCCUGCGGGCAGCGGGCUCAGCUCCCCGGGCCUGGCUGGCAGACGGGGCAGGGUGA